UCAAUCAAUCCUAUUAUAUGUGUGUUUCUCUUUUUCUUUUGAUUGGUUUAUAAGCAAACUGUAAUCAUCUUCAACCUUCACUUUUUCAGGUUUCGAAUUUUUUCCUUCUUACUUCAUUUUGUCCUUUGGUUCCACAUUUUCCCAGCUUUUUGGAGAACGGCCAAAAUCUCUGGAUAUGUUGGAUUCGGUUCUAAUUUUGCUAGAGAGAUUUGGGUUCUGAAUUCUGAUCCAUUUGGUGAUCUGGGUUUUGUUGAACCUCUCUUGGGUUUUUGAAUCUUCACUUUUGGUUUUUGAUUUUUAAUUUUCUUGAUUCUGGGGUAUCUUGAAUUAUUAUUGUUCAGCUUUGUAUCACUGAGCUUGUGUUUUGAGCUGAACUAAUUACUUCAAAGUUUGAAUCUUUUAUUCAACUUGAAAGAUGGGUGUGUUUUGUUUUUGACAGAGUUGUUAAGCUGAUUUGAAAUUUUCAAGAUAAAAAUGACGAUUGGAAGUCCUGCACCUAAGGAAGGGAAGACAAAGUCAAGAAAGAACAAGACAGUUGUUGAUGAGAAUGUGCCUUUGCUACCUAAGACUCAAGAGACUGAUGUUAAGUUUGAUGAUUUUAAUGGAGCUUCAUUUUCUGGGGCUGUUUUCAACUUGUCCACAACAAUUAUUGGUGCUGGAAUCAUGGGUUUGCCUGCAACCGUGAAAAAGCUGGGAAUGGUGCCUGGUCUUCUUGCUAUAAUCUUCACAGCUUUCUUGACAGAGAAAUCAAUUGACUUCAUGAUUAGAUUUUCUAGGGCAGGGAAUCUUACUUCUUAUGGAAAUCUCAUGGGGGAUGCCUUUGGGAAAUUUGGAAAAGCUCUGUUGCAGAUAAGUGUUAUAGUCAAUAACAUUGGAAUGUUGAUUAUUUACAUGAUUAUUAUUGGUGAUGUGAUUUCUGGAACAUCUUCAAGUGGAACUCACCAUUCUGGUAUCCUUGAAGGAUGGUUUGGUGUUUAUUGGUGGACUGGGCGUACUUUUGUUCUUUUGGUUACAACACUUGCUGUGUUUGCACCUUUGGUGAGCUUUAAGCGAAUUGAUUCAUUGAGAUUCACAUCUGCAUUAUCAGUUGGACUAGCAGUUGUUUUUCUUGUGAUUGCUGUGGGAAUCUCAAUUUUCAAGAUUAUAAGUGGAGGCAUUGAGAUCCCAAGGCUCUUCCCAAUCAUUACUGAUGCAGCUUCAUGUUUUGAACUGUUCACUGUAGUUCCUGUGCUUGUAACAGCCUAUAUCUGCCACUAUAACGUUCACAGCAUAGAUAAUGAACUUGAGGACUCCUCAAAGAUGCAAGGGGUUGUAAGAACUUCUCUUGCUCUAUGCUCUUCAGUGUACUUACUCACAAGCUUCUUUGGGUUCCUACUAUUUGGUGAAGCAACUCUUGAUGAUGUGCUUGCUAAUUUUGAUACUGAUCUUGGAAUUCCUUUUGGUUCUGUGCUCAAUGAUGCUGUUCGUUUAAGCUAUGCUGCACACCUUGUACUUGUAUUUCCUGUUGUCUUUUAUGCAAUGAGGGUCAACAUAGAUGGUCUAAUAUUUUCUUCUUCAAGGCCUUUGGUUCUUGAUAACUUGAGAUUUGCAUUGAUUACUAUUGCCCUUAUUGGUGUUAUCUUUCUGGGAGCAAAUUUCAUACCAAGCAUUUGGGAUAUUUUCCAGUUCACUGGAGCAACAGCUGCUGUUUGUGUAGGAUUCAUAUUUCCAGCUGCCAUCACUCUUAGGGAUCGGUACAGCAUAGCAACUAAAAAAGAUAAGAUUCUGUCUAUCUUUAUGAUAGUCCUGGCAGUCUUGUCAAAUGCUGUGGCUAUAUACAGUGAUGCCUAUGCCUUGAUCAAGAAGAACAAAAAGUGAAUGAUUUCUUUAAACAUUCUUUAGAAUCCCAUUGUACAUUUAUGUUGGUAAUGAACAGAAUUGGCAGGGUUAUUGACCAACUACAAAAUC